AUGGCAGAUUCCACUGCCCCUGCAGAGCCACAGCAAGACGGGGUACCCGACAUCAACGAAAAUCCAUCAAGUAUGGUGGAUUCUACUUCCCCUGCAGAGCCACAGCGAGACGGUGGACCCGACAUCAAUGGGGAUCAGAAAGAUUUUGACAAGAAGUUGUUGCAGGCAGCACAAGACGGCGAUGCUCAGGAAUUGAUUCGCUGUCUUAAAAAGGGGGCAGACAUCAAUGCGGUGGACGAUUACGGUUGCACUGUCCUCCACAAAGCAGCACUGUACGGAAGAACAGAAAUGACGCGCAUUCUACUCGCCCAGAAUGAUCUCGAUGUCAAUGCACAGGACAAAGAUGGGGAAACGGCCUUAUACCAAGCCACUGAAAGGAAAGAAGAGACUAUCAUAGAGCUGCUGUUGAAGGCUGGUGCAAAAGUCACAAUCAAAACCAAGAUGGGAGACACAGCUCUGCACCAAGCAGCAUCAGAAAACUACCUCACAGGUGUCGAACUUCUACUUGAUAAGGCUAAGAGUGCGACUAUCAGGACCAGCGAGGAAGAGACGGCUCUGCUUGUGAAUGAUAUAAAUGGUGAGGGAGACCCGGUUCUGCAUGUGGCCGCUCGACAUGGCAGCGAAGACGUCGUCAAGCUUCUUCUCAAGUGCAAAGUCGAUACGACAGCCUUGGACAAGGGUCAAAAAACAGCAUUAUACAGGGCUUUUGAAUACGAACAGAUCUACGUUGUCAAGCUCUUACCUCACCAGGACGACUCACUCAAGUCCCCAGAUACCAACGAGAUGAUACGACUAGCGUAUGCAACCUUUAGCGGUGAUUUUCCACUGGUACAGGAGUUGAUGAGCAAAGAAGAUUCAGUGAACAAAGAAGAUUCAGUGAACACGAUUCUCUUGCACUGGGCAGCAGCCGGAGGAUCGCCAGAGGUUGCAGGGUUGUUACUUAAAAAGGGCUUUGUUGUCUCCAGCCUAUAUCAAGAUGGCACACCCUUACAUUUUGCCUCCAUAGCUGGGGAAAAAGAGGUUUCACAGCUCCUUCUCAAAAAUGGUGCCGAUGUCAACGCGAGUGAUCAAUAUGGCAUGACGCCCCUUCACUGGGCUGCCGAAGGAGGCUCCACAGAGGUUGUCAAGCUACUGUUGGAGGGGGAGCGUGCCGCCAUGAUUGAUUCAGUAUCAGACGGUGGACGAACGGCAUUACAUUGGGCCACAUUGACGGGAGAAAAAGGUGUCGUUGAGCAUCUAUUGGAGAAGGGUGCGGAUUUCGAGUUGAGGGAUGACGAUGGAUGUACGCCUUUGCACUGGGCCUGCGUUGAAGGUCAUGCAGAGUUGAUAGAUAUCCUGAUUAAAAAGGAUGCAAACUCCGAAGCAAGACAACGAAAUGGGGGGACGCCAUUGCACCUGGCUGCUUAUAACAACAAGACGGACGCCAUCAGAAAACUACUGAAUCACAAAGUUGACAGCAAUGCCAGGGACGACGACGAUUGGACUGUCUUACACUGGGCUGCAGACAAAGGAAGCAAAGAUGCAAUGGAAUUAUUAUUAUCAUCAUUAAAGAAAGAAAGCACAGGGAUGCUUUCAGCCGAGAACAAGGACGGGAACACAGCCUUACACCAUGCUUGUGCAGAGGGUCAUUUUGAGGUGGUGAAACUCCUCUUGGGUAAAAUGAAAAACCCGAUCGCUGCCCAUGUCGACCGCAACAAAUACGCGCUUGCUGCUGCUGCAAGGAGCGGCGCAGUAGAUGUGGUGCAGCUUCUAGUUGACUGGGAGGCAAAUUUGAUAUCUACUGGAUCCGGGGAAGAUAGGAACAUGUUCUUCCUGACAGAGGAGCAGGCUGAGUCAGUUGGAGACAUAUUGUGGAUGAACGGAAGUCACUGGAAAAGAUGGCUGAGUACAGCACGCUAUUCGUUGCAAUGGGCAGCUCGAAAUGGGAAUGAAGAUCUAUUGAAGAGCAUCCUAUCUGAUUAUCCCACUCUUUUGGGGCAAGAUAGGCUGGCGACUGACAAGACACCAUUGUACUGGGCUGCGGUUGGAGGGCAAGAAGAGCUUGUGAAAACGGUGGCGGAGAUGUUGAUGAAGGAGACCAAAGAAAAGAGGCUCUCAAUGAAAAAUGGGCUUGGAGCACUCAGAACUGCUGUGAAGAAGGGAUACAACACCAUCACUCAGGACCUGUUGCAGAAAAUGUCGAAUGCGCCAGAUGGAGAGACAAACAAAUGGACUCCCCUUCACUGGGCAGUACACCAUCAAGAAAAGAUCGUUGUUCAGGACAUGCUGCGCAGUGGCGCCAACCCCCAGGAGAGAAUCAACGAAGGGGAAUCGGCUCUUGAGCUCGCUCAGAGGUUGGGCGCCAAAGAGAUCAGGACGCUUCUUGAGAAUCCUUUACGGUUUCCUCGAAAGCCGGCUCCUCUGAAACUUCCAGACUCUCCGGAGGAGGAGCCGACACGUGUCUGCAAAGACUUCACUGCGAAUAUCGUUGAUUUUUCUCUCUCCGAGGGAACAGACACCACCCUUGGAAUAGAGAAAAGAGUCUACGACAUCAUAUACGGGAGUGGACCAGAAAAGAUAAUGGAGGACAUUCGGCAGAGUUGGGAUAUCAAGCAGCUUGAACACCAAUUCAGGUGGAUACAUCUUCCAGCAAACAAUUGGCGUUGGCUUAAGGACCUUGUGCAAAGAAUCUCUAAAGACGCGAAUAAAACAGACGAAGAGUAUGCUCGAGUGGAAAACUUCAUAUCAGAGAACCGUCGCGAUGGUGAACAUCUGGGAGAUGCACAUUGCCGAUUUAUGAACACUGGCGUGCGCGUGAGAUACUUUACCAUACCCAUUGCUUCGGGUCUAGCUAAAUCAUUGACUAUGUUUCAGUUUCAUCAGAUUGACUUUACCUCUAGUAAAGAGGCAAGCAGCAUCUCCACGGAUCGGAGACAACAGACGGUAUCAAAGACAGAUGCGCAAACCAAGGGGCAGGAACUCCCUACUCAGGAGGAACCAAACAGGCAGAGAAAAUCAAAUCUUCCUGGAUCAGAACAUCAAGAGAAACGCCCCCCGAAACCCUCGGAAAACAAACAAGGCGACUCCGAAGGCACUGUCACCGCCGCUGAGCACGCCGAAAAUGUUGGGUCACAAAUGUCUCGUGCCACCGCCGCCCCCUCUAACGUCACCGAACCAAGGGCCAGGGCAGGUAGAACGGGUAAUAGCGAACUCCCCAGCGCAUCGAACGAACCAGGCAGAGGCGAGACCAACCCUGAACAGAAGAAGCCCACCAUGGCCGCGAAAGCAGGGCAAGGCAUCGACACGACCAAGAAAAGGGACAAAGAUAGAGUGUACGACACUAGAGGAAUGACUGGCCUGAAGGGAUCCAAAAUGGCAAUCUGGGGCCAAAGACACUGGCGAAAUGCUAUUAGAAUGGUCAAGCAUGUGCAACAAGGUCCGGACGACUUCAAUGUUAUCAAAAAAGACAUAUUGGGCUCAAGCAUCAAUGAAGCCUUGGCACAGGUCGAGAAGGAGAAAGUCAGCCCUGGGAGGGUUAACUUCCUUUUGGACAGCUCUUGCUCCAGGACACUAUCGGCGAUCGAAGAAGUUAUUAGAACCAUCCGCGAAAAGACUGACAACGAUAGCCGCGCCAGCCUCGACGAUGAAUUGAAAACCCUUGAAAGAGCCAUUGAACAACUGCGAGAGUCUACCCCGUCUCCUUCUCUGUCGGUCCUCAAAUGUCUUGAGGAUCUACAAGAGGCCGUGGAAAUCUACUCUGGAGAGCUCGAGACCAGCAAGGAGACUCAACUGCUACGCUAUUAUCUGGGUUUGUCACCGAGGGACGAUGUCACAACUCAUCAUCUCCACGUGUCUCGGACCUUGGAUCAAUAUCACUACUCUUCGUUGCCGGACACAAGAAGACGCGACGCGGAUCAAGUGGUGCGACGCUAUCAAAAUGCCAAAUGCAGGGGGCGGCGAAGCGACGAGAACCAACUUGACAACCAGAAUGAACACAACCAGAAUGAACACAACCAGAAUGAACACAACCAGAAUGAACACAACCAGAAUGAACACAACCAGAAUGAACACAACCAGAAUGAACACAACCAGAAUGAACACAACCAGAAUGAACACAACAAGGUUGUCAACUUUUUCCGGCGCAUUCUUGACUUGCUGCGGUUAAAAUCUUCAGCCUCUGAUGGAAAAAAUACUGGAUCGGAUAUCGCCCCGCCCCCUCCAACUGGCACACCAGAUAUGGACAGUCGAAAUUUUCGAAUGUGCAUGGUAGACCAACUAUGGCUUUGGAUCAUUGACGACAAAACUAUCAUUACCUGCUUUCCAGACCGAUGGGGCCCAAAUCCAAAGGGAGGCGAAAGGGCAGAAUCUGUGACAGGAAAUGGCGAGGACCGCUUGAUUCACAGAAUAAGCAAGCACAUCAGCGAAGACAUAAGACCGCAAACUCGAACCGUUUAUGAAAUGGCAGCUUUAAUAACGUCGUUUUGUACGGAUUUCGUGGAUCAAUGCAAGGUCAAGGCUGACGGUGGAACGGCUUCGAGCCCCUCUGAAUCCUUCCUCCAUGUAUUUGCAGACUCGAUUGGUGUUGUGAUGGACAAAGAGGUUCAAUACUUUGAAGAUUUCAGGAGAGGUAUUGCCGCUCGGCACAAGAAUACGCAGACAAACCACGACAGUCAUUCCCCCAAUCUGGAACUUCGGCUGGAGAAAGAAAUUGCGCUUCUCGAAGAGAUCAAAGAUAUACGUGACGAGCUAAACAUUCUUCGGAGCAUUUGUACUGAUCAAGAUGUUGUGCUGAAGAAACUCUCCAAAUUAGCCACUAGGGGGAAGGAUUCCAAGGCAAAGGGGGUUGUCGCAAAUGACCGGAUACUCGACUAUUACCGACAACGGAGCAACAUCGACACGCGAAUUUCGCGGAUCAAAAAGAUGCAACAAGAUGUUCGGACGGCAUACGACGCUAUGAAUCAUCUAUUGGAUCUCAAGCAGAAGGAUGCAAACAUCCUCGAAGCUGCCGAAGCACGCAAGCAAGCAGAGGCGACGACCAAACAGGGUAGAACAAUCAUGGUCUUCACCAUCGUCACAAUUAUAUUCGUGAGACAUCCACCUGGCACCCGCUCUCCAAGUACAUAUCCAGUUGGGACGACCGCUGCUCUCGCUGUUCCGUUGAUUGCCAUGGCCUUUAAAAUCAAUAAAGUCCUGGAUUUCUUUGAGAAGCGAAGUCGAAAUGAAGGUGGCAACAACCACAACAACCACAACAACCACAACAACCACAACAACCACAACAACCACAACAACAACAAGGGGCACAGUAGGGAAAAUAAUCAAUGGGUCCGAUUUCCAGAAAAACAAAACCAUCCACACGGCCGAUUUAAUUUUCGUGUCGACCAGGCUUCCAAGCGCAAGAUGGUGAUUCCCGAAUCAGACAUAGAACAGGGGUUGGCGAACGGCGGCGAGAGGCUUCCCAAGGAAGCGGGCAAGAAGUCUGGUUGGCCAAGUCGGUUGAACGCAGGAUGGCAUCCCGCUGUCCCACGAGGACCUCGUUUGGCAGGGCGAGAGGAGGGACGGGCACGAGGCGUGGCUCUAAGUGAUAGUAUACUAGUAUAG